AUGGCGAAAGGAUCUCAAUCGGCGGUACCAGCAACUCCGAUGAAGUCCGGCGGAACGCGAGGCGACGACUCGACGGCGGCCCUGAUCACGCCGCAACUCGACCCGAUUGCUGAGCGCCACGUCAGCUUCGACGAGUCGAUGACUGGAUCCGACGCCAAGGACGAAGAAAUGGAUGAAGAUUACGACGAUUACCUGGAGGAGAAGGCGCCUGCGCCAGCGGUGGUGACACCCGAGACUCCGGAAGAUGCAGGGGGCGCAGCGGGGGCUCGCGCUCCCUGGCGCGCAUUGGAAGACGACGCGCCUCCCGUCUCGCGCAACCUCGCGGAGGAGCUGGAUGAUGUGGAUGGCCCUGAACCAGCGUAUGAUGAAAUGGAAGAGUUUGAAGACAGCGCCGACAACUCAAGAUUGCCGGUGCUGACGACUCAAGUGACCGAGCAAACCUCGGGCAACCGGCCGCCGAUGGACGGAGACACGCCGGCAGCCAACAAGGUACUCGGCCGAUGCUUUGAAGCAAUGCGUGCGAGCGAAUGGGGUCGACUCUUCGAGCCGCGCAUGAUCCGCCAAGCGGUGUGGGCCGACCUGAGCCACGAGUUGGCGCGACCGGUGAAUGCGGUCACAGUGGAGCAAGUGGCGAACGACACGGUGACGUUCCUGAAGGCGUUGGGUCUCCGGCCCACACUUACCCUGUCGCCGUCGACUCUGGAGAGUUUCCUGCCCGCGGAAGCCGGAGCCGAUCUCUGGCAAUGGAAGAAGAAGUUGUGUACAGCCUUCGGGGUGACCCCCUUCUCCUUGGAACAGCCGAAGGCGACUCGCACCAACAAGGGGGGCGCGGACCCAGCGCGCGUCCCGCUCCCGCGAACUCCGAAGAAGACCGAGCGCGGUAACUCGGCCCAGAUUACGACAGGAGGAGUGUUCAGUGCGUCGGGCGAGCGAUCGCCGUACUUUCAAGACUCCCACAUGGUCACUCCACCCGCGAAGACUCGUACUGAACGAGUUGCGCGUGGUGCCGAAGACUCGAGAGUGACCAGGAGCAGUCUACAAAGCUCCGGACGGAGCUCAAGUCGCAAGUCCCGCUACGCCGACGACUCAUCUGAUGACGACGAUGACUUCACAGGAGACGGAGGUGCACAAAUGGACGACUAUCUGCGACAGAUCCGGGAGGUGAGCGACGCAGAGACAGUGAACCCGACGCCGAGGCUCGAGGUAGCGAUGCACCGACCACUGGGGCAGAUCCCGACGUUCUCGGGCGCUCGCGACAGGAGCGAGAACUCGAUGCAGUGGCUGCGCGCGUUUGUGUACGAGAUGAAAGGUACACACGCGCCGCCCAAUGAAUGGUGCAUGCCCUUCGAGCUCCGCCUGAGAGACGGCGCGGUACACUGGCACCGACAACUGACCAAGAAGACCAAUCGAACUUGGACUCUGCUGAGCGAAGCCUUCAUCCACUACUACUGCUCCCAGUUCAGCCAGUCAGCGGAAACCCGAUACUACUCUGCCAAGCGCGACGACAAGGAACACGUCUGCGAGUACCUGAACCGACUCAACGGCUACGCCCGCAACGCAGGCGUCCAGUUCGAGAACGGCGGCCGCAAGGCGAAAGACCACGUCAAGCGCUUCCUGGAGACUUGCGGCGACCGUAAGCUGGAGAGACGACUCGCUCCUCUGCGGAUCAAGGACAUCCAUGAGCUGGAGGAGAUGAUCAUCGAAAUGCUGAAGGUUGAAGAGCGACAGAGUUCGCGCGAGUCUUCGCAGUCACGAUCCAAGGCUCGGGAACCGCCCCGCCGACGUGAUGGCAGCCGAGACGGAUACCGCCGCGAUGACUCGCGAACUGGCCACAGCCGUGGGGAUCGACGCGAACGAGAUUAUGAGCGUCGUCGCGACGACUCUAGGAAUGUUCCUCGCGUGACCCUGGCCGACGCAUCAGUGGAAGACAUAGUCGUUGAGCUGCAAGGAUGGGACGCCAGGAACACCUCGACCGGACGCGACAGUGCGCGCCAGCAGUUCAGCGAUGACAGCGACGCCGCCAGCGAUCAAGGCUCCGAUGACUCGUGGUACUCGGAUGAAGGCGGACACGAUGGUUACUCGUCGGAUGGCAGCGAUCACUACGUGGCUGCGGCGAACGAGAGUGAACGACGCGCGGCAGCCGACGGCACGUACGCCAGGUCCGACAACCGGCCUUCCCGGCGCGACCAGAGUGGUCGGGAACCCAGCUGGGACAACCGAUACCAGAGCCGAGAUGGCCGUGACAAUCAACGACACCAGUACGGUCCCUGCGCUGCCUGUGGUGGUCUCUCCCACUCGGCCCACUUCUGGAGCUGCAAGUUGUGCAAACAAGUGCACGACGCAGGCCGGUGCGAAGUCUUCCAAGAACUCACCAAGCUUGUCCGCAACAAGGUGGACAAGAAGGACCUCACUUCUGAGCUCCAGAACCUCCUCUUCACGGAACAUUUAAACUAG